UAAUGUUCCUGGAAACAAAAUAUGUUUUAGUCCUAAAAUUUCAUGGUUUACUUUUGUGCAUGGUGUUCAUUAAUAGUGUUAUGACUUCAAUAUGAAUGAACUUCCUUAGCAUGCUCAGUUAUGUACUGUAGCUUUUGUUUGACGAAUGCGGAACAUUUUGUUGCAAUUUCAAAAGUAUGACUGAAAAUGUUUUCGGUUUUUAAAUUUAAAUUAUUUUUUUCUUCAUAUUUUAACAAAACUGCUUUCUUGUAAAGACACAUACAAAUGUAGUGAACAUUAUAAUUCACCAACGAUGAUUAUAAAUUUCAAUAUUUGUAAGGUGAGAGUUUACAAACUAAUGUUCCAGUUAACCAUAAAAUUUAAAGUAUUUCUGUUCAGAAAAUGUUAAAGUAUGAAACUCAUAGCAGUCAUUUUUAAAUCAACUGACCAAUUGGUAAAUAGCAGUGGUUUAAUCUAAGCCGCCUUUAGUAUACAUUUUUUACUUUAGAGAAAUAGACAUAACCAGGGCUAGCUCUGUGUGUAGAAACUUUCACCAAAUUAUUCAUUAGACUUAAAAAAUGACAGAAACCAAGUAAUUUUGUAACAAAAUACCAAUUAUUACAUGAAAUUAUUUCGCCAAAUUAAAAUAAAAUUUGCCAAUUAUAUGUUAAAUUCGCAAUUGGUGAAUUUGGUGAGUGCCAGAUCUAGCCCUGCAUAACAUAUACUGCUAGUAUUUAACCAUGACCUUUUUUUAAUCUGUGUAAUUUAUACUGAUUGUGUAGUUCAUAUUAUGUAUCUUAAUGCUUGGUUUUUCACAUGUUUAUUUUAUGUACUGUUAGGUAAAUGUCGGAUGCCAACCCCAGUGUUUAGAGGAUCCGUGAGACUUGACCAGCUGGAAGCUGCCUACUUCAAGCAACAUGGCUACACAAAUCACAGUUGUGAAAACAAGCCUUGUGUGUUCAAGGGAGACUACUCUCUUCAGGCUACUCAGGAAAACACUGGUGAUAACAACACGUCCAUGGACUCACAGACAGAGAAAGAGAAGAUGAACUGCGAAAUGCAAGACAGUUCUGUGGACGGAAACCAAACUCAUGGCACGCCACUAAAGGGAGAUAAGCUGAGCCUCGAACCACAAAGGAAUUCUACGGUUGCUAGCAGUACUGGUGUCAGUAGUGUUUCAUUGUUGAGACAGAACUCCACCAAAGCAUUUCAGAUUACGUUCAGUCUACUUUAGUAAAAAUUACUUGAUGCAAGAAAUGAAAAAAGAAGAAAAGAAACGGAAAUCAGAUUUGAAAAGCUGGAAAGUAAUAUCCCUGUGCACUGCCAAAUUCCUUUAAUUUUAAAUGAAUCAAGGUUUCCAAUUCUAGAUUAUCUAGAUUGUGCAUGCAUAUUAUUCCUUUAAUAAUUUCUGCCAUUUAGUAUACAAGAUUUUUUUAUAGUACAAUAAUAGUCCAUGUUAGGUUAUGUAUUGUUGUCUUUUGCAAAAAUUGGUGUUAGUAAGUUUUUUUUGUUUUUUUCCAUCUUUGUCAUUUUAAUAGACAUAUGAACAAGAUAUUUGUGAAUGAAAUUAAACAAUAUCAGCUAAUAGUUCUACAUUUAGAUUUCAUUUGACACCAUUAUCAGAUUCUUAGUAACAAUGGCUUAUUCCGGUAAAACCAGAUUGUAUGGUUUGUUAUACUCGUAACACCAUACCAAAUAAGCUUAGGAAAUAAUGUAGUGCAAGAAGAGAAGGGAGAAUAUUUACAAUAUGUAUGCAACAUACUGAAUUUCACACAGAAUUAUUUUGAUCAGUAAAUGUGUUUGAAAAUUUCCCAGUAUUGGACAUCAAAGCAUUUAUUAACAAAACAUGAUUGGUGAUCAAUUUGGAUAUCUUUACGAUGGGGGUUUUAAAUAUGCAAUUUUUGAGUGAUUUAGUUCACCAUUAUAAGGGGAUGUAUUGGUGUCCGUCACACCAACUGGUGUCGUUUUAUAUCACAAUGGCCAAUAACACAUGCAGUAUUGUUUGUAAAAUAGUCGCCUUUAAUACCAAUAGGUCACUGGGAACUCCAAAGAUGAGCUUCUUUUGACUUGUUCAAUUAUGGAGUUACCAGACUUUAUUUUUAUGUUUAAAUUUUAAAAAUAUUUAUUGAUUGUUGUAAAUAUUUUUAUAUACAUUAAAAUGCAGCCAUUCAAUAAUUACAUAACACUCCUAGGGGAAGAGGAUAUUAUGAGAUGCAGUAUAAGGAAGGGUAAGGGGUGUUUGUUAAGAGUUAUGUAACAUUUUCAAAACAGUGUCUUAUUUUAUUAAAGUUGAUGCAGCCAGUGAUGGUAAAUUUAUUUCAUUAAUUUACACAUGAUUUUUUUUUUAUCUUGUAUUUAAUCAAACAAAAAUCUAAACGAAAAAUCCAAUAAUAUUGGUCAGCUUGACAGGAAAGGAGAGAUGGAGGUGUGAGUAUUAUAUAAUUUUGAGGAGCUGCUUUUAACAUUAGAAAAUGUUUAUGAUGGAGAGGGGUACAAAAACCGAUUCCAGUCUUUGUGUUGAUCAGUUGUUGAAUGGCAUCCAUAUAUUUACAGCAUUUUGUGUAAUAAAUUGUGCAAAACUUA